UCGGCUUUUCACGUUCAGUUCGGUUCCAGCACUUGAGCUCGAUUGAUGUUUUUAAAAAAUAAAAACAAACAGCAUCAGUAAAAAAUAAAUGAUUUAAAUAAAACAAAACAGUAAUAAAAAUAAUCGACAUCAGCCACGUGGGCCGAAAAUUUACAUGACACGAAUAAAAUACCAUUUCAAUUCCGGAAACGAUAUAAUAUGUAGAAGAGGAAUUUUAAAAAUGAUAAGGUUAUCAAGUACGUUGUCACAUAAAUUUAAAAAUUAAAUAUUACAUAUAUAUAAUUAAGUAUAGAUGCAUAAGAGAAAACAUCAGAAUCUCUAGUAUCAAGAGAACUGGUACUGAUUUAAAUAAUAAAAUAAAAUAAAUAGUGACAGUGCCAUCAAGAUGCAAGUUAGUGAGCAUGCAUUAUGGAAUCAGAUAUCAUCAGCAUUAUUCUACGGAGUUUCGUCAUUUUUAAUCACCGUCAUCAACAAAACUGUGCUGACGACAUACAAUUUUCCAUCAUUCCAAGUACUGGGUCUCGGGCAGAUGUUAUCGACGAUAAUUAUUCUGUAUAUUGCUAAAAAACUCCACUAUGUUGAUUUUCCUAACCUAGAAGUAUCAACACUACCUAAAAUAUUUCCAUUGCCACUUAUUUACAUUGGGAACAUGAUAUUUGGUACACUACUAAGAAGAUAUUCAACCGCAUCCGGUAAUGAGUUUGCCGACUUUUAUGUCAAGAAUCACGUAGAGUUGACGAGUCUCCAGCGCGCGGUUCUCGCUGGAGGUUCUGCUGUUGUUUCGUUAAUAGAUCCAUCACGCGGAGAUAUGAUUGCUUGUCUCGGCGAAACAACAGGCACACAGGCCUUGAAAUAUUGCCAUCAACGCUUGCUAUUAUCGCCCGAAGGUGCUAAAAUCCUGAGUGAUAAGCCUCGUAUCAAUACCAAGACCGUUGACUUUUCUCAGCUGAAAGAGCUGCCCGAUAAUACUCUAGGAAAAAUUUACUAUGAUUUUUUAUCAGUAAACAAAGUAUCACCGGAUUCAAGAGAUGACGUUAAAUUUAUAGAUGACAUAGAGUUAGCAUACGUGAUGCAGAGAUAUCGCGAAGUUCACGAUAUAUUUCAUGCAGUUCUGUUGAUGCCAACAACUAUGCUCGGUGAAGUGAGUGUCAAGUGGGUGGAAGCACUUCAAACCAAGUUACCCAUGUGUAUCGGAGGUGCAUUGUUCGGUGCUGCUCGUCUACGUCCUCGCCAAAGAAAACUCUACGUCAAGUAUCAUCUGCCUUGGGCUAUUAAUACUGGAAAAAAUUCUGGGUUUCUUUUAAAUACGUACUUUGAAAAAAGGUGGGAACAAUCACUCGAUGACUUCCACAGAGAAAUGAACAUACACCGGCUGGUAUAAAUUAAUAUGUAUGUAUAAUGAACAGUAAAAUAAUCGGAAGUAAAUUAGGAGUAAUUGCGAGUUUAAUUUCGGAGUUCCGGAGCCAAAAAAAAUCACUCCGGAGGGAUAUUAAUUUUAUUUAAAUCCACAUUUACUCUGAGAAAAUGAACUAGUCAUCUGUUCCGUAUUCAACCCGCGUUCACUCCGCAAUUUUUUACAGUUAAUUUAUAGAUAAUUAAAUAAAUAAAUAAUUUAAGAGUUACACAGUAUAACAAUUUUUUUUUAUUGAUUGUAACACUGGAAAUAUUAAGAAUAUAAUUUUUCAAUGAAAUACGAUAAUCCAUAUUACAAAAUUUUGUGUUACGGUAAAUAUAUAUAUAUAUAUUUUAAUAUAUAUAUAAUUUAUUAUUAAUUAUAUUAUAUAAUAUAUAUAUUUGUUGUUUAUUUAGAACUACAGAUUGUUGUUUAAUAAAUCUAUCAACUACUUGGAGACAUUAAAUCAUUCGGGCAUCUGAUUAUUAUUUUAAAAACUUGAUUUAAUGUUUAGAGUCGAUACUGUCGCGUGAUUAUAUAUGUACAGACUACAAAUUAGUACAUUAUUACCAUAAUAAUAAUAAUAAAUAAUUAAUUAAUUAAUUAAUUAAUUAUCAUGUUUCAUCAACAAAGCAAAUACUGCAUUAUAACAAACAACUAGUUUCACUUUAGCCCAAUAAUUAAUUGUCAUAAUUUGCAAUACCAUAUAUCACGAGUGAUGCAACUCCCAAAAAUUGAUUGUCGUAUAAAUUGUCAUUCCUCGUAGUAUUUUAUCAAUAAUAUAUAAUAAUACCGCGGUUUCAUAACAUAAAUUUUUAAUACUAAUCCAGCAUUUAUUUAAAUAAUAAUAAUAAUUAUUAUUAUUAUUUAUCCUUUAUCUCUUGUAAACAUUUUUAAAUAGCUUAUAUUUAUAUAUAUAUAUAUCUUUAAGAAGAGUUAUCAAGCAAUUUGUGUCACAUGACAUAUCACAAUCUGAUGAUUGCAUUUGUGGUACUUCUUAUGUCUUAAUUGUCAUUGUAAAACUACAUUAUUAAAUUAAAUUAAUGCAAAUUAAAUUCAAUAAUUU